GGUAACGUAGACGGGGUAAGUAUUUUACACUUGGUGUAUUGUUUUAAGAAGAAGAAGAAGAAAAAGAAAAGCCAAAAAGAUUUCCUUGCUGCUAGUUUCUUUCCCGGUGUAUAACUCUCUCUCCAUAGACAGACAGCCACAGCCAGGCAGCCCCUCGUUUCAUUUCAAAUAUAAAAAGAUGAGGAGGCGACCGGCAGAGUACCGGCGCCCAGUUAGAAGGAGGUUAUCGCAGUGGAUCUUGGCGCUUCUCGGGAUGUUCGUGAUUGCAGGAUUGGUAUUGUUUGUGUUUCACCACAAUCACCAUGAAGAUCAGGUCAAGCAGCCAAUGAUGGGUGAAAAUGCGACAAAAGAGCCUCUAAACCAUGAGGGUUUAAAUUUCACCAAGGAAAUAUUAAGUGCCAGUUCAUUUUCACGACAGUUGGCAGAACAAAUGACACUUGCCAAGGCUUAUGUCAUUAUAGCAAAGGAGCACAAUAAUCUUCAUCUUGCUUGGGAACUGAGUAAUAAGAUUAGGAGUUGCCAACUUUUGCUUUCUAAAGCUGCCAAGAGAGGGGAGUCCAUAACAGUAGAAGAAGCUGAGCCGAUAAUCAGUAGCUUAUCAUAUCUCAUUUUCAAGGCACAAGACGCUCAUUAUGAUAUUUCAACCACCAUGAUGACAAUGAAAUCUCAUAUCCAAGCUCUAGAAGAGCGAACAAAUGCAGCAACAGUUCAAAGCACACUCUUUGGUCAGUUGGUGGCUGAGGCUUUGCCCAAGAGUCUUCACUGCCUGAAAGUAAAGCUCACAAAUGACUGGCUUAAGCAGCUCCCCCUCCAAAACCAUGUGGAGGAGAAGAGAAAUUCCCCUCGAGUUAUCGACAAUAAUCUCAACCAUUUCUGCAUAUUUUCAGACAAUGUGCUUGCCACUUCUGUGGUGGUCAACUCCACAAUCUCCAAUGCUGACCAUCCAAAACAGCUUGUCUUCCACAUAGUGACGAAUGGAAUUAGCUAUGGAUCCAUGCAGGUUUGGUUUCUAACUAAUGACUUCAAAGGGGCCACUGUAGAAGUGCAGAAUAUAGAGGAGUUUACCUGGUUGAAUGCUUCUUAUGCUCCUGUUAUCAAACGGCUCCUUGAUCAAGAUUCAAGGGCCUACUACUUUGGGGCAUAUCAAGAUAUGAAGGUUGAGCCAAAACUGCGGAACCCUAAGCACAUGUCUUUGCUCAAUCACCUCCGGUUUUACAUCCCUGAGGUCUAUCCACUUUUGGAAAAGGUUGUCUUCCUUGAUGAUGAUGUUGUUGUCCAGAAGGAUCUGACCCGGUUGUUUUCUUUGGAUUUGCAUGGGAAUGUAAAUGGAGCUGUGGAAACCUGUCUUGAAGCAUUUCAUCGAUAUUACAAGUAUAUCAAUUUCUCUAACCCAGUCAUCAGCUCAAAAUUCGACCCGCAGGCAUGUGGUUGGGCAUUUGGAAUGAACGUUUUUGAUUUGAUUGCAUGGAGGAAGGAAAAUGUGACUGCGCGGUAUCAUUACUGGCAGGAACAGAAUGGUGAUCAGAUGCUGUGGAAACUGGGAACACUCCCCCCUGCCCUUCUAGCAUUUUAUGGACUGACCGAGACACUUGAUCGGAGAUGGCAUGUGUUAGGAUUGGGAUAUGACAUGAACAUUGAUGACAGGCUGAUUGACAGUGCUGCAGUUAUUCACUUUAACGGGAACAUGAAACCAUGGUUGAAAUUGGCCAUUGGCAGAUACAAGCCUCUUUGGGAAAGGUACAUAAAUCAGAGCCACCCGUAUUACCAAGAUUGUGUCAUUAGUUGAAAUCUGCUACUUUUUUAUUAUUGAUAUUUAUGUGAUCUUCGAUGUUCUUAAACAGUUGACCUAGGAUCGCAUUGUUGUAGAGUCAGAAAUAGAAAAUUUUGGCUUUAUUAGGAGCUUUACCUUUUGUUUUUUAUAUAAUUUUCUCUUUUAAUAUAGUUUCUUAAAAGAAAAGGAACGAGUUUUAUACUAAACAAAAUUAAAUCUACUAGGGUAAGAACUGUGAAGGAUUCAAUUUUGGCUGAUGGGGUUUCCUUUUCCUCUUCUGCAAGCUGUAGAACUAUUUGUUCCUCGGCAAUUCCUGUAAUAAAUUUUCAGCUCUUAUGAAUUAUAUUGUAAUUGGAUACAGACAUUUGAUA